AUGUCCUUAGCUAGAAGACGUAUAGCUCAAGCAAAUAUUCCAGGAUUAGAAGGGUACAAUGGAAAAAAAGCAAAAAAAUGGUUACUCUAUCUAGAUGCCAAUAACUUAUAUGGUUGGGCAAUGUCGCAAUAUUUACUAACCGGUGGAUUUAAAUGGCUAUCAACAAAACCUUUGGAUGCAUCUCACCCUUUAGUGCAGAAAAUUUUAACGAUAAAAGAAAAAUCAAAUCGAGGAUGUUGCUUAGAGGUUAAGUUAUCAAUUCCAAAAAAAUUACAUCCCAAAUUUCGAGACUAUCCAAUGUGUCCAGAACGAAAGAAUGUACCAUAUGAUUGGUAUAGUUCAAAACAAAAAGAAUGGGCAGGUAAACAAUAUUCAGAUACAGAAAAACUUAUACUAACUCUCCAUGAUAAGGACCAUUAUAUUAUUCAUUAUAGAAAUCUACAACAAUGUAUAAAAGAAGGAUAUGUUCUUGAAAAAGUAUAUCGAAUUUUAGGUUUCGAACAAUCACCAUGGUUGGAACUAUACAUUGCAAUGAAUACUCAACAACAUGCAAAAGCAAAGAAUGCUUUUAAAAAAGAUUUCUGGAAAUUGAUAAACAACUCAGUUUUUGGAAAAACUAUGGAAGAUGUUAGAAAACGGGUAAAUAUUGAUUUAGUUAGGCAGAUAGGAGAAGAACAUAGAUUACGAAGACUAAUUUCAGAUUUAGCAUUU